AAGGGAUGCGCGUCUCUCCUCUUCCUCUACUUGACCUCGAUUUUUUACAAUUAAUUCCCAUUUCAGUGAUUGUAUAACAUAGUUCCUAGUAGGAAAACGUGUUUAUAUAGUUUUCGUGCUUGCAUUUCUACGAGGAAUCGCGUAUUAACGAUAUCUUUGGACGUUAUUUGCGAUAAAUGCGGUUUGGUUUUUCGGGUUUGAAGGGCCGCCAUUUUGGUUUUUUUUUUCGGCGUCAGCCAUGGCCGCGCACUCGCUUUUCCAUUUCAUGAUUUCUUUACGAGGCGGCCGAUAUUUUUCUCAUUCGUUCUCUGUCGGCGAAGCUUUACUCACGUUUAUCCUCUCUUUAGAUAACCUCAAAAUGACGGUCAGGUGUUCGAGCCUCUACGGCUCGCGAUUGGUUAGGAACCUUUUCAAACGACACUUCGAACCUAUAAAAGGACUCCUCAGUUGGCGGGAAACGCACGGCAAUCUACGCAAUUCACGUGAAAGUUUCGAAGGGCACUCUGUCGCUACUUUUUAUCGUUCCGCAAGUACCAUGGCUGGAUUAAUUCAUCAAAAUGUUUGGGAAAGCGACCCGGAGCUCUUUGAACUCAUGAAGAAAGAAAAGAAGCGGCAGGAGUCGGGGCUCGAGAUGAUCGCCAGUGAGAAUUUCACUUCUCUCAGUGUUCUCCAGUGUUUGAGUUCCUGCCUGCAUAAUAAGUACAGUGAGGGACUCCCUGGACAACGGUAUUAUGGUGGGAACGAGUUUAUUGAUGAGAUCGAGUUGUUGGCUCAGAAACGUGCCUUGCAAGCAUUUAAUUUGAAUCCUGAAGAAUGGGGCUGCAACGUUCAACCGUAUUCAGGAAGUCCGGCAAAUUUUGCAGUUUACACAGGAUUGAUUCAGCCGCAUGGGAGAAUCAUGGGUCUGGAUUUACCGGAUGGAGGACAUCUGACGCAUGGUUUCUUCACUGCACAAAAGAAGAUAUCAGCCACUUCGAUCUUUUUUGAGUCGAUGCCAUACAAAGUGAACCCUGGAACAGGACUAAUUGAUUAUGAUAAACUGGCUGAUGAGGCGCGAUUGUUUAAGCCAAAAAUCAUCAUAGCCGGAGUUUCUUGCUACAGCAGGUGUCUGGAUUACAAGAGGUUCCGGGAAAUAGCUGAUGAGAAUAAUGCUUACUUGUUCAGUGAUAUGGCCCAUGUCGCUGGUCUCGUUGCAGCUGGGAUCAUUCCUAGUCCUUUCGAAUACAGCGAUGUGGUCUCAACGACUACACACAAAACUCUCAGAGGUCCACGUGCCGGAGUCAUUUUCUUCCGGAAAGGAAUUCGUGGUGUUAGCAAGACCGGGGAGAAGAUCAAGUACGACUUUGAGAGCAAAAUCAAUCAGGCGGUAUUUCCAGGACUUCAAGGUGGCCCACACAAUCAUGCCAUCGCUGGCAUAGCUACAACAAUGAAACAAGUUAAAACCCCAGAAUUUAUUGAAUACCAGAAGCAAAUAGUGGCCAAUGCGAGGAGGCUGUGCAGCGGCUUGCAAAAGUUAGGAUACAAAAUUAGCACCGGUGGCACCGAUGUUCACAUGCUUCUUGUCGACUUGAGGUCCACCGGAAUUACUGGAGCUAGAGCUGAAAAGAUACUCGAAGAAAUCUCCAUUGCUUGCAACAAGAACACAGUUCCUGGAGAUAAGAGUGCGCUCAAUCCAUCCGGUAUCAGGUUAGGUACUCCUGCAUUGACAACGAGGGGACUCAAAGAGGAAGACAUUGACAGGGUGGUUGACUUUAUUCACAGAGGUUUAACAUUGUCUAAAGAAAUAAGCAAGAUAUCAGGACCUAAACUGGUCGACUUCAAGGAAACUCUGAAGGACCCUGCGGUUGCCGAGAAGGUUUCGGCACUUCGUAGCGAAGUGGAAGAGUUCUCAAGAAAGUUCUCGAUGCCUGGCCUUGAGGAAUAUUAGAAGGCUGCGAUGUCACUUGUAAAUAUGCAGAGCCUAAAAGUACUCAUUUAAUAUUUUUUUUUAAAUUGUCAAUAAUAAUAAAAAGCAUCCAUUUUCGUAAA